AUGGCAUCGCGCAGGACUCGCAAGCGGUCGUCUACCGAGGGCGCCGGGCCCGUGGCCGGCGAGGCGCAGGCGAUCAGCGUGUCGAUCCGGGUCCGCCCGCUCAACGCGCGCGAGGUGAAGGACGGGGCCGAGGUGGCUUGGCAUCUCAACGAGACUACGAUCCAGAGCGCCGACACGCCGUCGCCAAUGGUGUUUACCUUUGACAACGUGUUUGGCAUGGAGACGCCGACGGUCGAGGUGUACAACACCAUGGCCGCGCCGAUUGUCAAGUCGGCCAUGGAGGGCAUCAAUGGCACCAUCUUCGCCUACGGUCAGACGUCGUCCGGAAAGACGUACACCAUGACUGGCUCUGACGAAACACCCGGUAUCAUCCCGGCUGCCAUUGCUGACGUCUUCCAGUACGUGUCGAAUCACCCUGAGCGGGUGUGGACCAUCUCGGUCUCAUACCUCGAGAUCUACAACGAGGUCAUCCAGGACCUUCUCAACCACGCCGGCAAGAACCUCCGUGUCCGCCAGGACAUCGAGCACGGCAUCUUUGUCAAAGGCCUGACCCAGGAAAUCGCCACGUCGGCUGACCAGGUGCUUGAGGUUAUGCGCAAGGGUGAGGCUCACCGCCACUUCUCGUCGACCCAGAUGAACCACGAGUCGUCACGCUCGCACGCUGUCUUCAAGGUUGUCAUCAAGUCGUGGGCGGCUGACGAUCCCAACGCUACGUCGGCUGACGGCGCAGGCGCUGUCAUGCGCGUCUCGUCGCUCAACCUCGUCGAUCUGGCUGGAUCGGAGCGCGCCCGCAAGACCGGCGCCAACAAGGUCCAGCUCAAGGAGGGAGGCCACAUCAACACCUCGCUCCUCAACCUCGGCACAGUCAUUCACAAGCUCUCUCGCGGCGAGUCGCAUAUUCCGUACCGAAACUCCAAGCUCACUCGCAUUCUUCAGCCGUCGCUCGGCGGCAACUCGCGGACCGCCAUCAUCUGCAACAUCACCCCGGCCAAUGUCCACGAGUCAGAGACCGUCUCGACGCUCAACUUUGCCGCGUCGGCCAAGCGAAUCAAGAACAAGCCCAUCCUCAAUGAGGUCCUUGACGACGCCGCAAAGCUCCGCAAGCGCGAGGCCGAGAUCAAGGCCCUUCGUGCGGCUCUUGAAGAGCGCGACGCUGGAUCGCUUCCGAACGUGCUUGCCGAAAAGGCCUCGCUGGCCGAGGCUCUCGCCGAGGAGCAGGCAAACGCCAAAAAGCUCCGCUCCAAGGUUGAUGCCCUGUCCAAGCUGGUGGUGUUUGGUGGCAACGCGCCGGCGACUCCGACGCGUGCCGUUGAGGAGCAGGCCGAUGCCGAUGAGUCGACACUUUCAGCACCUGCGUUGGCGGCUUUGGCCGUCAACACUCCUGCUCGUGCUUCCCGGCGCGAGACCUGGUGCCCGUCGGCUGCCGCUGCGGCAUUCUUCUCGCCGCUCAAGCUUCCGCAGGCGCAGGCUCUCACCACCGCCGACCGUAACGAGGCGUACCUCCGCGAUCUCGCCGAGCUUCGGACUUACAACUCGGCGCUCGAGGAGGAGGUGGGGACGCUUGUCGGCGAUCUCGAGAACAUGUCUGACUUUGCUGAGACCUUUGCCUCAGACCUCCGAGCUGCCCUCGACGACAACGCAACGCUGACGGCCAAGAUUGCCGAGCUGGAGACCAAGGUGGCGAGCCAGGAAGAGACCAUUGCCCACGCGGACGAGCUUGUGGCAGCGCUCACUACUGAGACUCAGGAGCUCGAUGCGGCGGCUGAGGCUGCGCGCGAGGCUGCUGAGGAGCUUGGUAGCCAGCUUGAGGCUGCAGCGGCCGAUGCCUCGCAGGCUCAGGCCGAGCUUGCCGAGCUGACAGAGACCCACAGUGAGCUCCAGCAAGAGCUCAUUGCGGUUCGGGCGUCCGCGGACGUGGCAUCCAAGAACCACGAAGGCGUCGCCGCCGAGCUGGCCGAGGUUCAGACCCAGCUUGCCGACGCACUUGUCAAGGCUACCGAGGCCGAGCGCGAGGCUAAGGAGGCCAAGGCGAGCGCGUCGAGCCUGCAGCUUGAGGUUAAUGCUGGCCAUGUGGCGCACCUUGAGGCCAAGGAUGAGGCUGCCAGGGCUACUGAUGCACUCAACAAGCGGCUGGCUAACGCGCUCAACGAGCUUGCCGCACUCAAGAAGGAACUCAAGGCCAGCAAGUCGGACGACGGCUCGGCGCAGCGGCGCGAGAUGUCGCUUCGCAAGGACCUCGACAAGACCAAGGCCAAGCUGGCCACGCUGGAGGACAAGCUCAAGGAGACGCGCGCCCAGCGGUCUGCGGCCGAGAGCGAGGCCCAGGCCAAGGCCAAGGCUGUCAAGAGUCUGGAAGCUGAGCUAGCAGCGGCGACGACGGCGCUGGAGAAGGCGAACGAGCAGGUGACCCGGUCGGCGACGGCGUCCAAGUCGUCGUCGAUGUCGGUGACCAAUCUCGAGAAGGAGGUCGCGGCUCUCAAGAAGACGGCAACCAAGGCCGAGGCCGCGGCCGCCGCCGCAAUUGCUGACGCCAACGCAGCCAAGGCCAAGGCCGAUGAGCUCAAGGAGGCGGCAGCUGGCGCGCGGAAGGAGGCUGCAGCAGUGGCUGCUGAGCUCGCGGCCGAGCAGAGUGCCAAGGCCUCUGCCGAGGCGCUCGCAGCGAGCAAAGCAGCCAAGCUUAACGAGGUUGCCGCCGAGUUGAAGGAGGUUGAGGCGACAGCGACGAUGCAGGCGCGCCAGCUUGCAGCAGCCAACAUGCGGGUGACAGAGCUCGAGACGGCGCUAGAGGCCGCCGAGGCCAAGGCCGACGAGGCCAUGGUGGCGGCUCAGGCCGCAGCUGAGGAGGCGGCCGAGGCGACUGCCAAGGUGGCCGAGGCGACCGAGGCCAUGGAGGGCCAGGCGCCGACGCUUGACUCGCUGCGGGCACAAAUUGAUGAGCUCAAGGCCGAAGUGCGCGAGAAGCGGCACAUGGCGUUUGAGGCCAAGCAGGCGGUGCUCGAGCUCGAGUCGGCGGCGGCGGCGGCCGAGGAGGCCGAGCAGAGCUCGAUGGCUGCCGACGAGCGGACUCGUCAGCUGGAAGCCGAGCUUGCGGAGCUGCAGGCGACGCAUGCGUCGGUCGUGUCCGAGAUGACUGAGAUGUCAUUCUCGCUCGAGGAGCACAAGGCGUCGCUGGAGCAGGCCGAGGAGAUGAUGACCAAUGCCAUGACCCGCGAGGCCGAGCUCGAGGCGCAGAUUGCCGAGCUGAAGGCCAACUCCGGCAAGUCGGAGCUUGUUGCCGAGCUCACGGCGAGCAACGCGGCGCUGGAGGCCGAGCUCGCGCAGGUGAAGAGCGCUGUCGCAAGCGAGGUUACAACCGUGCCGCUGGCAAUCUCGCCCGAGAGCGAGGAGCAGAUUUCGGCGCUGAAGGCCGAGCUGGCCGAGCGCGAUGCUCAGCUCGCCGAGGUGGUGGCCGAGGUGGAGUCACAGAUUGAGAGUGUGAUUGCGUCCGAAGAGGCGAACAACAAGCUGCUGCAAAAGGUGAGUGAUCUCGAGACAACGCUGACCGACCGGAAGCAGGCACUCGAGUCGGCGCACGCGUCGAUGGCCGAGUCAAUGCGGGCAGUUAACGAGCUCCAGCUCGAAAAGUCGAGCCUGGAGAACCUGCUGGCUGAGAAGGAGGAGCAGGUGGAGGCCAUCACCGCUGAGCUGGAGAACGCGCUCAACGCGCAGCCGGCCGAAGUCAACCACUUGCACAAGCUGGAGGUGGCGCUCACGCAGGCCGAGUCUGAGAACAAGUCGCUGCUCCUCCAGAUCGAGCAGAUGAACAAGCGGCAGCGCGACGAGGCGCGGUCGUUCGGCAAUUCUGGCCGGCUCCGGCGGAUGUCGCUGGGCAUGGACGACGACGCGCUGACGUCGGCGCUCCAGGACGAGAUCAUGCAGCUCAACUCGGAGGUGGCCAAGCUCCGCGAGGAGAUCCAGACCAAGGCGAUGGAGAAGAUGAGCGAGACGUCCAAGCUGCGGACCACCGAGUCGCAUGUCCACCAGCUUCAGCUGGCCAAUACCAAGCUGACCAACGAGCUCAACCUGGUUCGGGAGGAGAUGGCCCAGCUCCGGCAGGCUUCGGGGCCAACAACCGGCUCGCCGGCUGGUGCGGCCAAGGCGUCCAAGGGCGCCGCCCUCCGCGACAUCUCUAACACCCCGACCCGCGGAACUGAUACACCGCUGUCCAAGUCGGAGACCCUUGGCCUUGCGGCUGGAACCGAGGUCUCUGCGCCGGCAACCCGGCAGCGGCGGAUCGGCGCCGGGGUCGGCCCGGUCCGCACGCGCGAGAAGAUCCGCCGGGUCGGGUCGACCGGCGGCGCCACGCGGGUGACCAAGCAGACCAAGUCCAAGUCGCGGCUGGGCCAGCUCGGCGCCACUGCGUCGGCUCGGUCCGUCACCACCACCGCUGCCGCCGGUGAGGGCGCCGAGGAGGGAUGCAACCAGCAGUGA